GCUGGGACCAGUCUGAGAUGCGUCUUGUGUCUUAUGAGCAGACUUUGUCUGGGUCAACGACCCACCAGCACAAAGAUGAUUUGUCGCCACCAUCUCACGGAAUUUGAUCAGAUGAAAUUUAAUAAAUCCAUUUUGAAUAAUCCAGGAUGGGAUCAUAUUUCUUCACUAUGCAAAUCCUGUGGGCGGCACCAGUGUCUGUAUAAAACAUUCCACAGUUUACUGAUGCUUCAGUGCUUCAGGAACUGUGCUACAGAUAAAAUGAAGGUCCAGCUUGUGUUCUUGCUGCUGGUGCUCCUCUCUGCUGCUGUGCUUUCCCAGAAUGAUCGCUACAGACACUUCAUAAACCAGCACAUCUACGGGCAGAUGCGCGUCGAUAGAUGUGAUGAUGUAAUACGAAGCAGAGGAAUCAAAGAGGCCAACACCAAUGCUUGUAAGGAAACCAACACCUUCAUCAAAGCUGGCACCAACUUGAUCAAGAACAUCUGUGGGCAGGCUGGGGAGCCGUACCCACGCGGCAGAGACCUGAGGAUCAGCCUCCAACCCUUCAACAUCAUUGUCUGUACACUGAGAAAUCAGGCCAGACCCCCUCGCUGCGAGUACCGGGGUCAAGAUCGCACCAGGAGAAUUGUAAUCGCAUGUGAAAAUGGCCUUCCUGUGCACUUUGCAGAAGAUGUAAUACCUGCAGGUAUCUGAUCACAGCUCGAUGGUUCACCUCGGUGUGAAAUCAAAUAAAAAAACUAAAUGUG